ACCUUGUUGAUUGCGGGGUAGGGGGGGAGAGCGCGAAAGCGGAGAGACGUGCGGGGCGCGCGGGUGCGUGUCUGUCCGUCUGUGUCGCUGCGGGGCGCCCGGCCCCGCCCCUCCCCGCCGCUGCAGCCGCGCCCGAGGAAGGAGCGCCCGGAGACGGGGCCGGAGCGGAGAAGCAUACACCAUGUCUUCUGCUUCAUCGAAAGAAGAUACAAUGUUGUCUGACAAAGCAGAUGAGAAGCAACCUGAAAAAGAAAACAAAGCUGAGGAAAGUGAUGAAGAUGGAGAAGAGGAAGAAGAGGAGGAGGAGGAAGAAAAAGAAAAGAGUCUCAUUGUUGAAGGAAAAAGGGAGAAAAAGAAGGUAGACCGACUGACCAUGCAAGUGUCCUCAUUGCAAAAGGAACCUUUUACAAUUACACCAGGAAAAGGACAAAAACUCUGUGAAAUUGAAAGGAUACAAUUCUUUCUGAGCAAAAAGAAGACAGACGAACUUAGGAACCUGCACAAACUCCUCUACAACAGGCCAGGCACUGUUGCUUCCCUAAAGAAGAAUGUGGGCCAGUUCAGCGGGUUCCCAUUUGAAAAAGGAAGUGACCAAUACAAAAAGAAAGAAGAAAUGUUAAAAAAAUUUAGAAAUGCAAUGUUGAAAAGUAUCUGUGAAGUUCUCGACUUGGAAAGAUCAGGAGUAAAUAGCGAGCUGGUAACCAGAAUUUUAAACUUCUUAAUGCACCCAAAAUCUUCAGGCAAGCCGUUGCCAAAGUCCAAAAAAACACCAAGCAAAGGUGGCAAAAAGGAGCGCAGUAGCACUGGAACAACAAGAAAAGCAAAACGCACCAAGUACCCAGAGAUCUUGUCAGAUGAAUCUAGUAGCGAAGAAGAUGAAAAGAAGGAAAAGGAUGACUCUUCAGAAGAAAAAGAAAGUGAAGAUGAGCCCCCUAGAAAAGCAUCUAAAAGAGAAAGAUCUAAAAAGACCACUUCCAAAGCCAAGAAAGCUGUGAAGAGUGCAAAUGUCAAGAAGGCAGAUAGCAGCACUACCAAAAAAAAUCAGAACAGUUCUAGAAAAGAAAGUGAGUCUGAGGAUAGUUCAGAUGAUGAACCUUUAAUUAAGAAGCUGAAGAAACCACCCACAGAUGAAGAAAUUAAGGAAACUGUCAAGGACUUGUUGGCCCAUGCAAACUUGGAGGAGGUCACAAUGAAACAAAUUUGCAAGAAGGUUUAUGAAAAGUAUCCUAAUUAUGAUUUAACUGACAGGAAAGACUUCAUUAAAGGAACAGUCAAAGAGUUGAUUUCAUGAUCUAAUUUGACUGUGGGAAAUGAAGAUUCCUGGUUUUAUGUUUCCAUGGAUUUGAAGAUCUGAUAGGCACCAGCAAAAGGAAUGUGUCUUACCCUUGUGGUAUUUAGUCAGAGUUGAUUCUACUGAUCUAAUGUUAAGAGUGUUGAUGUAAAUUGCUUUGUGUGUCUUUUUUUUUUCUUUUCUUUUUUUUAUUUUUAAAUGGAACAAAACUGCAUUUGAUGCAGUUUUUAGUUGAACAUACUUAAGUUUCAUGCAUGGCAAUAAGUGUUCCCUUUUUUAUAGUUUUUGUACAUUUUGAAUUGCUUUGUAUAACUUGAUUCAGUAGAAACAUUGUAGCUUUUUAGUAUGAGUUUACUAGCUUGCAGGAAAUUUUAAAAUCAAGUUAGAUGAAAGCUGCCUAUCUGCACAUAUACAUGCAGAGACUGGAAUAUUGCAGCGUUGGUUAUAAAGAUAUUUUGAAUACAUAACCAUUCUGAAAAUAAUAAAUUAGUCACAUGUUAAUGUCUUUUAUAUUCUGAUACAUUUUACAGAUGCAGAAUUAUUCUAAAUCUAGAUUACUGUCUUGCAUGUGUAGGCACUGAGAACUUGUCAAAGCAUGGUAACUAAUUGGCAUAUAGAUGUUAUUUUUGUACUUUGAAAAGGCUUUCUGUUGUGUAUAUAAAGUUAUUUCAGAUUUCUUUUGUGCAAAUCAGUUUUUAAUUUGUUGUUUUAGGAUUUAUGACAUGAAAUGUCAGUGUUCAGCUGAGGCUGUCAUGAAAGUGGUAUGCAGAAGUUUCAUGAAAAUACAAAUGAAUUAAGGUUUUGCAAUGUUUGUCCUAUCUUACCUUGUACAGAAACUGAACUGUAGUUUUAUACUUCAGCUUUUCAGCAUUUAAGUUUGUAAAAAUGACACAUCUGUUUCAAUGGCUUGAUAUAGUAAAUUAAAUCCCUCCAAAGUCUGUAGGAAAAUUUCUAAGGUUCACUUUGCAAAAAUCUAUUACUUCAGUAUCUAAACUUGAUGGCCUAGCAUCCCAGAGGUGAAUAUCAAAGGUAAGGAGGCCCGACUGCUUUGGAAAUUCACAAUGGGGCUUCUGAAUCAGGCAGUGCUGACUUUUGUGGUUAAGCUCUCUUCUGUAUGGGAAAGCUCUUGUGAACCUGAACCCUGGUGCCUCAACAUUGACAAUGGUACUUAUAAGCCUGGAGUCUUGAAAUUUGGCCCACAGCUUUUCAGAUCAAAGUGAAAUCUUUGCAUAGAUUUUUGUUGUUUUGUGUGUUCUCCAUACACCCAAUACGGAAAGUCCUGCGCUUGAAAUUAAGCUAAUAGUUGCCAAAGUGUGGGCUGCCUUUAAACACCAUGAGCACAGAAUCCCUCUGACUGUAGUAUUGUUGGAAAGACAAAACAUAUUUUUUUGAUUUUAUUGUUGUACAGUUGAGAAGUUAAGGGUUCGUAAAUGAUUGAAAAAGUUCAGCCAGUUAAACUAUUAAUCUACACACACUUUUUUAAUUUCUUUGCGUGUAAUCAUUUAUAAUAAGGCUGAAUGUAAUGCGGGGUUUUGUAUUCAAUAAAUGUCUUUCACAAAAAUGUAAAUAAAUUUUGAUGAUCUAACAUUUGCUUAAAUGUAUAUAGUAAAAAAAAAAAUCUAUACUGAAACAAGGUGGUUGUCUUUAUCUCAUCUGGUAGAAACUAUUUAAACCUGAUCCAGCAAGCUUCUCUACUAUACAGGUACUAUUGUUGAAAUGUAUGUCCUUGCAGCUGGAUAAGAUUUUGUAUCUUCUGUGAGGUUGGUUUGGGUUUGGUUUUUUUCUCUCUGAACUGAAGUAUUUAUACUGAAGUAUAAAUAACACUUUUAAGUCCUGCUUAUAAGCGGAAACUUACUUGUGUCAAGUUUUAUUGGGUUUUCAGAUGAAUUUUUCUACAAAUACUUGAACUGCCUUGUGAUUUUUAUGUAAAUAUACCAGCUGGUUUUAAUUAUAUGGGCCAGAAGUGUUUUUAAGAUAAGUGACUCCCAUGUACAAACAUUUAUUUAGAGUGUAAAUUUUAAUGAAAACUUAGAAAAGGAUGGUGUAUUUCUGUUUAUUGUAUCUAAGCAUUACUUGCCACUUUGGAAUUGUGCAGAUGUAAUGGAAAUGAAUUCAGCAUCCUCCAUAUACUUUGUUUAAAUCUCUUAACUACAAAUCAAUGUAGUCCUCAACAUAGAAGAAAUGUCUGAACUGUUUCCCUGCUAAUCCUUACUAGUCUAGCCUCAGCUGAUACAAGAUUCCAGUUAUUUCUACAACUCGGGAAAAGGCUUCAAGACAAUACUAAAAGGUAAAUAAAAUGACUUAUAGCCUUCUUGAACCUAAACAGGCUCCUUAUAGCACCUGUGUUCUUUCCGCAUUAUCCUGUUACAAGGCACAUGACAAAGCAAGAUCUAUGGAUGGGUUUAGAUUAUCCGCUGCUAAGCUGGACUUCAAAAUAACCCUUUUUAAAAAUAAGCCCAAGUAAUGCCCCUGGCAGACAGCGUGGUGAUUCCAAUGAGAUUUAUUAGCUCCAUUGCUGUUUCAGUGAGAGGGUGGCUCAUGAGCACUUGGAUAGACAAAAUUAUUCCUGUUUCCAAAUGAGAAAGUUGACUAUAAUCAAGUAGCAUCAACUGAGCUAGGUGAAAACAUUCCAGAAAUCACUUCUGGUGGUUGUUAUUUUAGUUCCCGUUAUUUAGGGAGAACAGUGGAAAAACCUCUAAGGCACCAGAAUACUGUCUGAAAAUUUGCAAUAAGAAAUCUAGUAAAAUCAGUGUUUAUUGCAGAAAAUAGUUAGGAAACAUCUUGAAUGGUAACAAGUGUGUUAUUUUCCCUUUGCAGAGAAACGUCUCUCCUGCCUUUGAAUUCAGAGUUAUUUAUUAAAGCAAGUAGCUGGAAGUUGUAGGUCUAAAAGUUCAUUCAGAUAAGAUCUUGACUUGCAGGAGAAACAGGCUGAAAGGAAUAUCAUAAAAGUCAACAAAAAGCAAAUGCAAUAUACAACCUUCUUGCUUUUGGAAUGGAAUAACCCUGUAGAACAUUGCUGGUGGGGAGAGUGGUUUCUUUCUAAGUGGCUUUGCAGAAAAGGAUGUGUGUAGGGGUGGGUGGCUCUCACAAAUAAGGAGUUGAACCCAAUUCAGUGGUGUGCCCUUGUGAUAAGGAACACUGACACCACUCUGGGCUGUGUGAGCAAGUGUGUAGCUGGCAGGCUGAGGGAAGUGAUGAGGACCCCCCAUUCAAUACUUGUGAGCCUGCCUCGGGAGUGCCGUGUCCAGCUUUGGGCUCCCUGGUGCAGGACAAUGGAGCGAGUCCAGUGGAGGGUCUGCCAGAUGGCUGGGGAGGGGGGAGGAUGUAGAGGGAGUUGGGCUUGUUCAGCCUUAGGAAGAGACAAAUAAAGGGGGAUCACAGAGUAGUCUGCAACUGCCAGAUGGGAGAGGAAGGGGAGGGCAGGUCUAGGCUCUGCUUGGAGGUGCACAGUGAGAGGAUGGGAGUUGACAGACACAAGCUACCCCCAGGGACAUUACAAGUACAUGGCAGGGGAUUAAGGGCUUCACCAUGCUGGUGGUCACCCAGAGCUUGGGCCUGGAUCAGUUGUGGAAUCCCUGUUGUUGGAGAUGUUCAGAACUCAGCUUGGAAGGGCCCUGUUCUGAGUAGAGGCUUAAAUCACAUGGUCUCUAGAGAUCCUGGGGAUAAGAGGACAGCAAUAUUACUUAAUUUUCUGUGCUUUUUUGAGUUGACCUAGUUCACCGGACUGCAUUCAGCCAUAAACUCGCUAGUUCACUUUUAUUUCUGAUUUUAAGUUUUUCAUCAGGAAAGCAAAAAUCUCCUUUACACCAACUGUUUUCUUGAAGGGUUGUCAUUCUUUGGAGGAGGAUGAUGAAAUAUACUGAUUUGUACUUCAUUUUAAAAGGAGCAUUAGUAUUUUGUUUCCAUUUUGAAGACCGUUAGUAACAUUUUUCAAGACCAGUGUUGGCUAUAAUGAAAGGAAAUUCCUGCAGGGAGUUACCAUUAGGAGAACAAAGCACGUUCUUGGAAGACAAACUUUAAACUACUAAUUGAGUAUGACAGGGUUAGGGGAAACCAGUGAAUCUUCAACAAAGUAAUUCUUUAACUGGUUUGGACCUACAUGUGUUGUUGGUUGAAAUAAACUUUCAAAGGGAGUAGGACUUGACUAACUGAACAGCUAACUUCUCAUCCAACAGUGUAGGUAAGUGUUACCAGAAUUUUUCAUAGUUUGUAUUUUAAAUGUUUUGGGUAUGUAGUCAGGCUUGCACAUGCUUACAGUGAUCUGUGCCGUAGGAAUCUUUCAGGACCUCAGUCUUACAAAGCGUUUAUGAUACAGUUAUUCAGGGAAAAGCAUUAAGUGAUUGGUGAUUUUUUUCCUGGCUAUUUUAAAAUUGCAGGCAAUGCUUCUAACUAAUUAGCACUUUAGCUUUAUUUUCCUUAGCUAGGGGAAAUUUAGCUGAUACAAGCUUAUGAAUUCUUUGUAAUCCUUCGAGGCAAAAGACACUGCCUGUUAUGGUAUUCUCUACAUAACAGGAAAGUUAGUGCUUAGAGAAGGCUGGAGACCAGCACUUCUGAGGAAUGGUCUAGUUGUAGGAAUAUGAAACAAAAAAUCAGCAUCAAAGGUAACAAAAAAGUAGCUUAACCUUUAGUUAAAUUUAAAGGAAAAAAAAAAAGUGAGCAUCCUGUGCAUACUUUCCAGUUUUAUUCUGCUGCCAUAACAUAAUCACACUGAAGAGCUGAAGUGUAUCAGAUUAUGCUCUGCAUUCAAACACCUUUAGUAACAUUUAAACAGAUUUAUUUAAAGAAAACAUUCCCCAGUUCUUUAUUUGCAGGGAAUAAAUUAAACACAAAAUAAAACAAACACAUACAUGCUUGAAAUAAAUUUCAAUAUAGGUAUUAAAAAAAUUUUUGAGGAACAUUAAUUAAAGAAUGAAGUCUCAGAACCAGCCUGAUGUUGUUAUACAUUUCAAAUGAAUGUAAAUUAGUAAAUUAAAAUGGAACAUACUUAUCUUUAUUUACUCCUCAAACUUAAGUGCAGCACAACACGGUUUAAGUGCCUUGGCACCAAAAUAACAUACAAAUAAUUCAUUGACUAGGCCAUUGGUAAAUGUAUCAUUUGUUAUUGGCGUUUUAUGGUAUAAGAAGGGGGCAGUGGUUAAAGCCAAAUGUGACAGUAUUUGUGUCCGUUUCUGUCCGCAUUUGUCUACCGGCAAAAUCGUAGACAGAUUUAAAAUCUAAAGUACAAAAUAACAGCAUGGAAGCACGUGGCUAAAAUCAAGCUCAUUCACACAAAAUUCGGACUGCAGAAAUAGAUGCUGAGCACAACUUUCCAGACAGUUCCUGCCUAAAAUGUGAUGUGUUUGUAUGUUGUUAUUAAGCUGACUGAAGUUUUGACCAAGGUCAGCUGAAGCAGCCACUGAAUAUAAUGUUCUGGGCUUGUAAGUUAUAAGCUUUUCUAUCCCACUUUCAGAACUCCUGUCCUAAUAAUUCUGUCAUAUAUGAUAAACCGGGAAAGAAACUUGGAACUCAAACAUGUAGCUCUCAAUCUUUCUUAGUUUUGCUGUAAGUUGGCCUGUAAUACAUGAAAUUAACAAAGUGCAAAUGAUUACCAAAAGCACAAUCUGCUGUCUGAUUAUCUUUUAUCAUCAGAGGUUUUUGUCUUGCUUCUUAUAGCCUUUAAAUUACAAUUUAAUACUUGGAAAUACUUUAAAACUUUACAUACUAGCAUUUAUGUAGAGGAAAAUUAUGAACAGUUACACUUUUCCUAUUAAUCCAUAUAAUUCAGCUUUAAGAAGCAGAACAAUAUAUAUCCGAAAAACAUCUAAUUAUAUAAACAUCUUCACCUUGUAGAUUAGAGAUUAAAUAACGGUAUUUAACAAUAUCAUAGCUACUCUAAAAAACCAAAAUAUUAGGUAUUAAAAAGAAUUGCAUUUAUUCAGUAGGAUUUUUCUUAAGGUUGCUUGUUUUUCAAGGAUACAGCUUUAUGGCAAUAAGUGCUAACUCAAAAAAAGUUGGCUGUGUCAUUCUUAAACGAAAGGAUUAAAUAGGCUCUUUCCUUAUGCAGGGGAAUGAGGGGGGAGGAAGAAUAAGUGCUUGCUUUCUGUCCAGAAAUUGUGAGGUCUAUGCAGUAAAGUUCUAGGGAAGGUGCAGGGGCAGAGAUCUAAAAGUUGGUUUUAAUUUAUUUUUUUUUCAGUAAUACCAUUUUAGUGGAACAGCAUUACAAUAGAUAUCCUGGUUGGUCUGUCUUGCUACUAUUGAAAAAUAUUUUAUUUUCUUCUCAUGGAAAAGGGAGGGACUCAGCUCUUUUAUUUCUCCCUCAAGUUGUUUUAAAUAAUACUUUAUUAAUAAAAAAAAAUUAAGUCAAAGUGCAAGCCACCUUGAUUCUGCUCUUCAUAAAAGUGUUAAUAUUUUUCCUCAUUCAUCUUUAUCUAUUU